CUUGCAGUAUCACCGCGGAUUAAACAAAUUUCGGGAUCUAUAUUUCCUUUUGUCUAUUAUUGCCUUAUUGGCGUUUUUGCUCUAUUCUUGUAAUUUAAAUUCUUAUUUUGUGUACGUUUUGUAUUUUCGUGUCAGCUCUCAGGUACGUAAAACUCAAGUAUUAUACCGGUUACCUACUCUUAAUUCUAUUUGACUGCUUUAUGUUCGGCUAUAUAUAAGUUAUAAAUACAAUUAAUACAAAUAACAUUCUAAAUAAUUACUUAUCACAAUAUAAGAGACAAAUCGUAUAUUUGUAUCGCUACUUUGAUCAUUAAUUUUCAUAAGUAAUAUAAGAAAUAUUUGUUUCAUAGUUUUAACACUAUAUUUUCAUGUUGGGCGAAUGGUUAUUACAUAAGUCAUAUUAUACAUAAUAUACCGGGUUCUUUGUUUAAGAAAUUUACUUAUUUGUUAAUUGGGUUAACUUUGAGAAAUUAUUUCAAAAUUCAACAAAAUUGUUUAUAAAUAUAGUAAAAUUUAAAAUAAAUAUAUUGUAAGCAUAAACUUAACCUCCAUAAGCAAGUGUUUAAGUGUUAGUUUUUUUUGUUACUGAAUGUUUAAAAUCGGUAUAAUAGAUAUGGGGGUUUCAGCAGCUAUAAAGGAUGCUAUUUUUUAAUGUUAUAUAGUCCUUUGUCUUUUAUUUUUCAAUUUAAAUAUUGCCAAAAAUCCAUUCAGAAUUGCUAUAAAUUGAAUUUAUUUAAAAAUAAAAAGUCUAAAUUCAAGAUUAAUAAUAUUAAUGUGUAUAUUUAAUACUUAUGGUCAUUUAAUGGUCUCUUCAAAAAAAAAUCACAGUAUGUAAAUUAGUGUGUGAAGUAUAUUUUUGUUUACGUAUUUCAAUUCUGUAUAUCAUUUUUAACUUACCUAUCUCCUUUUGAUUUUAUAAAUUAUAAUUUCUUCAAUAUUGUAUUGUGGAAAUAUGUAGAUAUGGAAGUUGAUGAAGAAGAUGUUGAAGCACCAUCAUCAAGUACCACCAGCCGUGGUGAAAAAAAAAGAUUUGAAGUAAAGAAGUGGAAUGCUGUGGCUUUGUGGGCUUGGGACAUUGUUGUAGAUAAUUGUGCCAUUUGCCGAAAUCACAUUAUGGAUUUGUGUAUUGAAUGUCAAGCCAAUCAAGCAUCUGCAACUAGUGAAGAGUGCACAGUUGCAUGGGGUGUGUGCAACCAUGCUUUUCAUUUUCAUUGCAUAUCACGUUGGUUGAAAACAAGACAAGUAUGCCCACUUGAUAAUAGGGAAUGGGAAUUCCAGAAAUAUGGACAUUAAUGAAAAUACAAUUUUAAUUAAUAUUUUUACAUUAUUUUUAUGUCAUCUAAACACUUAUUAAAGACUUAGGCUAUCAGUAUAAUUUUUAAGGCAUUCCAUUUGAAUGUCAGAAAUCAAUUAAAAAAUAAAUAUAUUAGUUUGGCUAAAAAUACUAUAACUCAGUUCUAUUUUAUUAUAUUAAAUCCUGUAAAAUAAAAUUUUCUCAGUAAAUAGUGUUGUACUUUUUACUAUACAAAUAAAAUUAAUAUUUAAAUUAACUGUAUUUUUAUUUGUUAGUACUAUUGUCUUGUGAGUAAAUAGUGGUACUUAACUAAUAUUAAGUUAAUAUUUCACUAAUAC